AUGAGAAGUGGAGGAAGAGGAUUAAUUAGUGAUGAAAACGAGGAAAUUCCAAUAAAAUUAUUAAGAAAAUUAACAAAAAAUGAAACAAUUUUAAGUCUAGAGUUUAUUAAGUUUGAUAAUACUUUAAUCUCUGGAAAUAUUUCAGGAGUUUUGGACAUUUGGGACUUGGAAAUCAUGAGAUGCACUUCAAGCAUAAAUAUUGGAUUUGGUUCACCUAUUAUUAAGACAAUAUAUGAUGAUAAAAGAGAAAUAAUAUAUGUACAAAACAGAAAAGGUGAAGUAUAUCUAGUAGAUCAGUUUGAAAACAUAAGGAAAAUGAACUUAAUAGGCACGGACUAUUCCUUAGCAAAAAUGAUCAUUCUUCCUCGUAGUGAGAAUGUAAUUUUCCCAAGAGAAAAUGAUUUACUUUUGAAAUCUUUGGAAACUUCAAAAAAUGAAGAAAUUAUAUUCAACUAUCCAACAGAAAAGAGUGACAAACUUAUUGAUAUUGAGUCACUUAAUGAUAACUCCGUUUUAUUAGGAUUUGAAUCUGGAAAUGUAGUCAUUUGGGAUUUAAGGAAACCAGACUCACAUGCAUAUAUGAAUAAUGUGACAAAUAAUUCUCCUAUACUCUCAAUUAAGAGAUCUUUUAAUCGUCUCUGGAUCUCCAGCUUUGACUCAAAACUUAGAAUUUUUAACAGAAAUUGUUUUGAUUAUCCCAUCAAGGAAAUCACUUCCUUGAAUGUAAUUGAUAAAAUUUCUGUUCGUUCUGAUUCUCUAAUUACUGUUACAUCCAAUACAAUUAAUACAAGUAUGGACAUUUUUGAAAAUAAAUCUCUAGAACGAAUUAAAACAUUCAAGUUUCACUCUACAGAAGUCAGUUCUAUACAAUUCUCAAAUAUCUCAAACUUGUUUGCUGCUUCCUCCAAUACUAUCUCAAUAUGGGAUUUACUAUCCUAG